AUGGGAAUGAGCCGGUACGCACCUGUUUCUGACAGGGGCAGGGACUGCCCACUCGCCAGCCUGGAUGCCCAGGGGACCCCUGGUGACCCCAAGUAUCCCGUCCUGAUGGGCGGCCAGACAAGACGGACCCACGUUGACCCCCCAACCCCUCCCCCAAACGCCGCACACAUGCACAGGCCUCCGGGACCCUCCUGGGUCCUGGGGACCACUCAGGCAGCUCCAGCUCCCCGCCCUGACCCAGAGGACCUGCAGAGGCUGGCACCACGAAGCUCCUCUGAGGGCCUGGAUCCUCGGUUCUCGCGAGAGCAGCAGCCGGCCUGGCUGCCCGCGCUCCUCGCUGAUUGGUCGGCUCAGUGCGCAUGCAGGUGGCGGGCGCAUGGGGCCACGCCCCCUGCAGGCACACCCUCCCCCUCAGGGACUGUCCAUAGCUGCUGUGGACUCACUGGGUGGCUCUCUGAGGCCUCUGUCCCCACGAUAUUCCAGCUCCUCAUCCUGGUGAAGGAAGCAAGGACCCCGGAGUGGACAAGCUACCAGGUCUCCAGGACUGAAGGUUAUCAUCUAAGUUGGUGUUCUCAACUGGAGGCGAUUUACCCCCCAACCAGGAGACAGUUGGCAAUGUCUGGAGGAAAUCUCUUGCCGGAAGCUGUGCCACAGAGCACACAGGCAGUUUGCAGAGAAGGAUGCAAGCACACCAUGUCCGAAGCGGGCUCUGGGGAAGAAUCUGAGAUGACACCCCGGGAUUGCCACGGGAAAAAUUGCCAUGUCUGUGUGAUAUCAAAUAGUCUGAUCAAGUCAGCAAAUAAGAAAUGUCAAUCACUCAGGUUUUGUUGUUGGCACAAGGAAAUCAAAACAAUGGGGUGAUUCAAUACCU